ACGAAUAAUGAAACAUGUAUUGGUUAUGAUGUAAGAGAUGAUCUAUGGAUGGAGGAGGGAUGAAAACGACAUACUACUCUUCACUUCAUCAUUCUUUGAAAUAUGUAAAAAAGGCAGCUGUAAUUCUGAAUUUACGACUGAGAAAGUCUUCAGCAAAGAACCAUUAUUCUCAAUAGCUUCUUAUAAAUUACAACUUGAAGAUGUUGGCGACGUGACCAAAAAAACAAGGGAAAAUGAUUCCAGUGAUGAUGAUCAUGGUGUUUUUAGUUAUAUUAUAUCAAAUCUAGAUUAUAUUAAUACAAGUAGUCAUGAUAUUGAUAACUGUGAAUCUGAAGAUACAAUUGAUGAUACUAGUGAUAUUACAUUUGGUCCUACAAGAAGCCAAUUAGUCAAAACCGUUAAACAAGUUCCUAGACCAAAUGAUCUUUCUCAAACCCUAGAUGAUGGACUAAAACAGCCAAAAUUGGUAUGUUACUCUAAUACAAAAUUUGGUAAAAGAAUGAGACAUUUCUCAUCAAAAUGGUUUGAUAGUUAUAAAUGGCUUUAGUAUAAUAGAUAAUUCUGCUUUUUGUUUUCCAUGUCGUUUUUUUGCCAAAAACAAAGACAAACCGAUUUUUAUAAGUGUAGGUUUCAAAAAUUGGAAAAAUGCAUUAGAUCAAAAUUCUGGUUUAAGGAAACACAAUAAUAGUGAAGAACACACAAUUUCAAACACUACGUGGAACUCCUACUUAGAUAUGAAAAAAUUAGGUAAUUUGUCUGUGGUAUUAUUGAUAAAUGAAGGUCAUAAAAAAUUAGUUUAAGGAAAUCAAAAUUAUAUCAAGAUGAUUGGGAAAACUUUGUUGUACACUGCAAUACAAGGCAUAGCGCAGAGGAGUGUCAAUGAAGAAGACAGUUAUGCUAACCAUGGUAACUUCAUUGAACUUUUAAAUUUAAUUAGUGAUAUUAGUGAUGAAUUUAAAAGUAAAAGUAAAACAUUACCAAAUAAUGCUGAAUAUACAAACCCCCUCAAAUCCAGAAUGAAAUGUUUUCAAUUUUCAAUAAAAUGAUCCGUAACAAAAUCAUUGAUGAAUUACAAAAGUGUCAGUAUUUUUCUAUAAUUGUUGAUGAAACAAAAGAUAUUACUAAAGUGGAACAUUUAUCAGUUAUAUUAAGAUAUUACUUAGAUGGUAUAGCAUAUGAACGUUUCAUGGGGUUUAAAGCUGCACAAUCAUUAACAAUCAUUACAUAUUUGUAAAGAAAAUAACAUAUCAAUACCAAAUGAACAAAGUAAAAAAAAAGAACAAAAAAGUCUCUGAAAAAUUUAAACAGUACAUAUUUGCUAAGAACAGUACUUAAGAAACUGAUCGAGAUUCAUCAAAAAAUGGUUUAAGACAACAUGUAUACAUACCUGCUUUGGAUUAUAUAAUAAAAGAACUAAAAGCACGAUUUACAGAUAAUCAUUGUGUGUUGUCAUCAAUAUCUUACUUACAUCCCCAAAAAACCUAUUUUUAUUUGUUUAUUUAUUAUUAUUACUAU